AUGAGGACAUUUUCUGAAAACAUUCUUUUUCUCACUUUGAUGUUGGAUUUUGAACAUUUUUCUGUUAUCACUGUUAUGCUUCCACUCAAAAAACUUAAAUUGUUGAAUUAUUAUCCAAGACUCAUCACAAAGCUUGGAAUUUUAGCUGUCACUGAGUAUAAAGCGUUGAAGCUGUGGAAGAAUUCAAGAAAAGCUUUCAAUUAA